UUGACUUUCUCGCCAUGCAAAAUUGCGAAUGGAGUUCCAAGCUCUUCAUCCGUUCAUCCCAAACCCUAGCCAUUCAUCCAUGCCAUUCCCAUCCUUCACUGCUUGCCUUCCUCUUCUCCUCCUCCUACUCGCCAUCACCGGCGCCACCGCCGGCUCUAACGAGGCGGAGGAGUGGUUUUUCAGUCACUGCCCGCGUUCGGCGAAGUGCGGCGACCUCGAGGUGCGGUUCCCUCUCCGGCUCAACACCAGCCCGGCAAUCUGCGGUCUUGAAGGUCUCCUUAUCUCCUGCUCUGCCGAUCAAGCCCAUCUCACCCUCCGCCCUUCUCUUUCCUUCAAGGUCACAGCCAUUGAUUACUCUUAUCAGCUCAUCACCAUCGAUACCAUUGGUUUCUGGCCUCCAUGCCCAUUGCGAGACCUAAGAUCCACUAAUCUUUCGAAUGAGUUCUUCUCUGUUGAUGGAAUCGGCAUCAGUCUCAUCAACUGCUCCAAAGAAUUCAAAUUUGAUGCACAAAAGGACUCGAUCGCUCGCCCGGGCGAUUGCUUCAAUGGGAGUGAUCGAUUUGUGUACGUUGUUGGCGAAUGGGUCUCCUUGGACCUCCUGCCCUCCGAUUGCGUGGUGAUUGCCACUGGUGGAGAGAUUGGAUAUGGCCUUAAUAAUUCCUAUUCAUUUCUUCCCUUCCAAAGCUUUGUGGAUGCUUACUUUGCUAGCUCCAAGACCAGGCUUCAAUGGUCCUACUCGGAGAUGAGCUCUCGUUGCAGCCUCUGCGAGAGGAAUGGAAAUCAUUGCGGGCUUGACCACGCAAGCAACAGCACUUUCUGCUUCAGCUCCGGCAACACUCACAGUUCGCUUGUUAAGCUCAUAGCAGGAUUAGCUGCUGGUGUGCUUGUUAUUGUUAUGAUAUUGGGGUUUACAUUCUUCUUCAUUUCUAGAAAAGCAAAGAGGCGAAGAGAAUUGAGAAUGAAAGUUGAGAUGUUUCUGGCCUCAUACAAGACAACAAAGCCGGCUCGAUACACUUAUGCUGGUAUUAAGAAGAUCACGAAACGGUUCAAGUAUAAAUUGGGGGAAGGAGGUUUUGGAAGUGUCUACAAAGGAGAGCUACCGAAUGGAAUUCCUGUGGCAGUGAAGAUGCUUGAGGAAACUAAAAGUGAGGGAGAUGAUUUUAUAAAUGAAGUUGGCACCAUUGGAAGGAUUCACCAUAUCAAUAUAGUGCAUCUCCUUGGCUUUUGCUCUGAAGGGACAAGGCGUGCUCUUGUUUAUGAGUUCAUGCCGAAUGAGUCUUUAGAGAAGUACAUAUUCUCGCGAGACGCCAAUGGAAAUCGUCUGUUUGGAAUGGAUAAAUUGCUUGGUAUUGCAAUUGGGAUAGCGCGGGGGGUUGAGUAUUUGCACCAAGGAUGUGAUCAGCGCAUUCUCCAUUUCGACAUCAAGCCUCACAACAUUUUGCUGGAUUAUGAUUUCAAUCCGAAGAUUUCUGAUUUUGGUCUCGCAAAGUUAUGUUCAAGAGACCAGAGCAUUGUAACUAUGACUGCAAUAAGGGGCACCAUGGGCUACAUUGCGCCGGAAAUCUACUCCAGGAACUUUGGAACAGUGUCUUACAAAUCAGAUGUUUACAGCUUCGGAAUGCUGCUACUUGAAAUGGUUGGUGGAAGGAAGAAUAUCGACCCGUUGGUUGAUAAUCAGAGUGCAAUUUAUCUCCCUGAAUGGGUUUACGAGCAGCUGAUUGGCGGUCAUAGUUUUCGAGUAGCAAUAGAGAUGAUGAACGAUGAAGAAGAGAUUGUGAGGAAGCUUGUGAUUGUGGCAUUGUGGUGCAUACAAUGGAGUCCAAAUGAUAGGCCUACAAUGACAAGAGUUGUGCAGAUGCUUAUUGGGAGUUUGGAGAGCUUGGAGAUACCCCCAAGACCUUUUGUUUCAUCUUCUGAUCAAGAUGAAGAUGAAACUUCUUUCAAGGGACUAUGAUUUUGGGAUAUAUUUUGCUUGCUUUUUGCUUUCUUUAUAGAAUAAUUUCUUGAAGGUUUAUUUGAA